UCGAAUUGUGAAAGUCUUACGCUGCGACACAGCAUCGUACAACCCCUGCCUUGUCCGCCUGUCCCCGACAAACAGAGAGCGCCAGUGGACAAGGAUCUCUACCUAUCUCAUCCCCUCAAUCACAGUACAAUUUCGAGGGACUUUUGACAGCCCCGUUUCGGUUGCUGGAGGAAUCUGUUAGCGUCCUUGUGAUCUGACUGGAGGGCAUCUGGAUUCUUGGUCCUGCACUGUGAAUAAAUACAGGAUUAGGGCUCUCUCAUUUCGGUGGUCAGACACUUCCAUCUGCUGUUGCACAUUUCUUCCUCUGUUCUUCGGUCUUGUUUGAUCUGGCAACCCAGUGCGUUUGCAUCCCAAGCUUCCUUGGACUCGAAACACAAGCAUUCUCUGUUAGAGCUCUUCACUUCCUUGUGACAAGAUGGUCAACUGGAAAGCCCCGGAGUCGACCGAUCGGCUCCUCGCAUCGUUGAUUGUGGCCCACCCCGGCCUGAAGCUGGACUACAAGGCUAUGGCAACAGCUUUCGGGCAGGGCGCAAGUUACGACUCCAUCGAAGGCCGCUUCCGGAAGUGGCGUAAAAUGGCCGACGAGCUUCGCGGCGAGCUGGAUUCGCGAGGCAUCAAUUUCACCGAGCUGCGGGCUCGCAACAGCUCGUCCGGCAUCUUGACCCCGCGGACCCCUCGAGGACCCCGCAACGGCGUGACCAAAGCCAGCCAGCCCACUCCAUCUUCGUCCCGCGCUCGCAGAGACGGCCGUACCAUCUCGCAGAAGACGCCGACCAGGCCCGCGAAGGGCGGUAGCAGUACCCGUACCCCUACCAGCCAUGGCGGCUCACUCGUGCAGGCGAUCUUUGUAGAAGAUAGCAUCGAGGAAGAGGACAAGAAGGAUCUGACGUUCAAGCGCGAGAGUAGCGAAGCAGUGCCCUACGGGCUCAUCACCCCAGUCAAGGAGCCCAACGACCUCAUGAUCGUGGACUCUCCUGCCACCGGUGGUCCUGGCGACACUGCCCUCGCUACCACCCGACAUGGCAACGCCCGGUCGGACAAGCGCGCGCAGAAGGCCCUUGUGCCUGACCUUCCGAUCAUCUCUGGCUUCGAGCACGGCGGCCAUGCGUCGUCGUCCAGUGUCGGUCUUCAUCACUCUUCCGGUUUCCAUCCCAUGGAUGACAUCCAGCAGCGGCUACACGGGCAUGUUUUUGCGUUCGAUCAUCUGUUGGACUCGGUCCCGUCUGGAUCGUAUCUUGGUGGCGAUGUCGUUUAGGAUCUUACGUUUUCGUGUUCUUACGCUUCGAUGUUCCAACCUUUAGGAGGGAUUGUCUCCGGCUCUCCCUGUUUACCCCCUACACGUUUUGUAUUUCUAUUCUGGAAAUGUUGUUCAAACUAUCAGCCACCCCACCCCGUACAGUGAUUAAGAAAGUGACGAGAGAAAGACUUUGUGUGUGGCUGAGCCGGCGUCAGUCUUUACAGCUGGCAAUGGGCGAGGGGGGGACAGUUGAUAGAUCAUAUGGCGGCUUGUCUCCAUGCAUCGGUGCAUGGGUCUAGAACAAGACAUGUUUGCCGCGGCGGCUGACUGACUUUUCAAGGUUCAUCCAGUUCAUGUGUGUAAAGGAUUGCAUCCUACGGAUAUGCUCAUGCAUGGUUCGGAAAGCCAAUCUUGUGAGUUUUUAUGUAGAAGAUAUGCAGAUAUACUCUCCGUAUCUAGCAUUAACUUACAUGAGUCGAG